AUGGGCGAGAAACUGCCGACAAUGAUGAUUGCAGAGAAACAGCCCAUAGAAAAUGCCGACUCCUCCGAACUUGCUCUUGCUGAAGAGGGCACCAGCAACAUAGGGAUAGAUCCAGAGGCAGAGAAGAAACUGGUCAGGAAAAUGGACAUGUUCAUUCUUCCCGUGAUAUUCGUGACCUAUGUUCUCAGCUUCCUGGAUCGAAGUAAUAUUGGAAAUGCUAAGGUUGCCGGAUUGCCUGCGGAUCUUCAUCUCCACGGGUCACAGAUAAACAUGGCUGUGUCGAUCUUCUAUGUCACCUAUAUCUUGUUCGAAUUUCCCGGCACGAUGCUACUGAAGGUUGUUGGGCCUUCCAAGUUCAUUCCAAUUCUCAUCUGCUCCUGGAGCUUGGUUGUCACUUUCUCCGGUUUCCAGAAGAAUGUUGGAUCUCUCGUUGCGUGCCGGCUUCUGCUGGGAAUGUGCGAGGCCGCGCUACUGCCGUCACUUAAUCUUUACAUCUCCAUGUUCUGGAAACGUGAGGAGAUUGCUAAGAGAUCAUCUGUCAUCUUUGUCUCGAUCACAAUAUCCGGGGCCUUUGGUGGCCUAUUUGCAUACGCUCUGCUACAAUUGGACGGCGUUGGCGGCUAUGAGAGCUGGAGAUGGCUCUUUUUCAUCGAAGGAGCCAUCAGCUUCGCUUGGGGAAUCUGUGCUUUCUUUCUUUACCCGGACAACCCAAGCAAGGCUUAUUUUUUGAACGCCAAGGAGAAGGAGCUCGCUCAUAUUAGACUUGAGCCUAAUGCUGAUAGCAAGGUGGACUGGGUUCAGGUCAAGGCCGCAUUCACAUCCCCAAUAUGCUGGCUUUCCGGAGUCAUUCAGAUGUUUGCAGAUGUCUACAACUACAGUAUCAGUGUGUUUCUCCCCACAAUCAUUCAGGGCAUCGGCUACAAAGGCCUCAGUAUUCAAUAUAUGACAAUCCCGAUUUAUGUCAUUGGCGCCCUUGGCAUUUUUGGUUUCGCUGCCAUAUCAGACCGUAUUCAGCGCCGUGCUCCAAUUAUGCUUAGUGGCAGCCUGCUGACCGUGAUCGGAUAUUCUCUAUUGCUAGGUACGAAAAACGCCGAUGCUCGCUAUUUUGCCUGCUACCUAGUCGUCUUGGGUGGAAAUGUACUACCCUGCUUGAACAUCAUCUGGAUCAACGGCAAUACAGCGUUUCAAUAUAAGCGUGGCACUGCUCUGGCUAUGAAUCAGAUUAUUGGUAACAUUGGAGGAGUUGUCUCUGGCCAGAUCUAUUUAACAAAUGAGUCGCCCUAUUAUACCACCGGACAAAACAAAGACAAAGCGCGCAAGAUACGAGACGGCAUUGACGAUACAGGUCUAGGCGACGAGAGUAUCUAUUUCAAAUACCAACUUUAG